AUGGAACAUGACCGGAUCUGGAGCCAUCAGCGGAAUGUUUCUCCGCCUGACAGCCCUCGAAGUCCCAAUGAUGGGGCCAGACCCAGGUCUCGCAAGCCGCCUCUUCAUGACCGCGAUUUCUCCAAUCGAACGGGUGGGACGGUUCGUGGAAAGAAUCCUUCCGGACUCCGCGUGUUCGGCAAUCUUCGAAACCGUCGUCCACCGUCGACUGCACCAUCCGAAACUCCACCGUCUGUGGGCAGUGAUGCCGGGUCAGUUACUCAGUUCAAUCCCGACUCUCGAUCUCAAAGUCCCGCCUCUAGUGCUACAAGCUUGGAGCAGGAUUGUCAGCCAAAUGGGUCAGGAAGACUCCAUGCGUGGAGCAUAUCACCUAGCCCUCUCUCGGCAUCCCCGGAAACGUAUUCAGAAUCUCCAUCCUGCUCCCUCCCAUCAGAAAGUUCUGACGUCCAUCUGCUGUUCGAGCCCAAGCUCGCUUCUGCUAUUGCAGAAAAGAGUCCAGCCCCCUCUCCUAUGUAUACACUCUCUGAGACAUCUUCUGAGGUGGAGCCGAACGCUCUUAACUCCUUUGAACAACCGCGUCUGGCGAUCGGGGACACUGUUAUUCCCGACCAAAAGGAACGCAUUCGUGAUUGGCUCCUGUCCUCUCACAAUCCUGACGUGGCACCUCACGGAUCCAGCGAAACCUCUCCAGACCAUCACACUAAGGAAGAAUAUUCUGCAACCGAAACUACCUGCAAAGAUAGCUGUAGCAGCGAUGUAGACAAUGACUCUAUUCUGCCUGAGUGUGACGUCCAGAGGCCCUCGAAGAUUCGUACAAUGCACAUACCUAUGGAGACUGAUCCUCGCGACUUUGGUCCCAACAGUACUACUAUUGCAAGCUUACCAGAGAGCAUUCUCGCCAUGAUCAUGUCGUUCUGCAUUGAGCCAAAGGACCUCCUUGCCUUGAUCCGCUCGUCACCAGUCUUCCUUCAACCCUUCUGCAAGAGCCGCGUUGCCAUAGUCAGCCCAAUGAUCAAACAUAUGAGAUUUCGCUUCGGUGGUGAUAUGCCUCGCAGCGGUCUUAUGGCAGCUCGGCUCCAAAAUAUGCAGUCGAAAGGCGUCGCCAUGAGCUCAGUGCGUAAGGCCUCUGCUAGGAGAGUUGUUCAAUCAAUCUUGAGCUUCUCUCCAAAGGGACCUUUGCUCCAUCCUUAUUAUAGUCUUCGACAGCUCAGGUUCAUCACAAAUACCCUGGAUAAAGCCGAGACCGUGAUGUCAAGCUACACAGGUUGCGCAUGGGAAAGUCUAAAGACAGUCCGCAAACUGAGAACGUCUGAUACUUUUGAAGAGCCAGUGCUCUCUAGGACUGAAAGGAAACGAUUCAUGGAUGCUAUCUGUCUCUACUAUGCCUAUUGUACGGUUUUCUUCUCUGAAAAUGCGAUCUCAGCUGAUGGUGACACUGUCGUGUGGCAGAGCCUCCUCGAAGAGGAUGGCAUAUCAAGUAAAAUUACCAAGCGAUUCUACAGCAUCAUGACCUACCUGUAUGUGUUGUAUCGCGGUUGGAUAUAUAUGGCGAUAGAGAAACGAUAUGAUGAUAUUCCUGCUUUGGAAAAACACAUCGAGCCGCUCAUCGAAUAUCUUAUAUGUGGCGGGCCAAUUGUUUUACAAGCGCUGCAAGACAAGGGAGCUUCCGAACGCUACGGCUUCCUCUUAAAACUGCUCAACCGCUGCGAGACAAACGCGGCAUUUUGCCAGAAGAUAACAUUCGCGCUGGACAGAGGGGACAAACUGCUGGGGCCAUAUCUCGAGAUAACGGCAGGCCUUACCGAGGAGGAGGUACUGACAGCAGAGCAUUUCUGGGACACAGCUACUUUGUAUCGUGUGGGGUACAUAUCAAAGCUCCGUCUCAAUCUACCCCACCAGGAUCGUGUAAAUAGAGUCUCAUUGAGCUACCUGAGCUUAAUCUAG